AUGGUAAGAGAAGGCAUUGUGCUAGGACACAAAAUCUCAAGCAAGGGCCUCGAGGUGGACAAGGCUAAGGUGGAAGCAAUUGAGAAGCUACCUCCCUCUACCACCGUAAAAGGGAUCAGAAGCUUCUUGGGACAUGCUGGGUUCUACAGACGUUUCAUUAAAGACUUCUCCAAAAUCGCCAAACCACUUUGUGAACUUCUGGAGCAAGACAGGAAGUUCAAUUUUGAUGAAAAAUGUUUGACAGCCUUCCUGGAGCUCAAGUUGAGGCUGGUGUCCGCACCCAUCAUUCAAAGCCCAGAUUGGAGUCUUCCUUUUGAACUAAUGUGUGACACCAGCGACUUCGGCUUGGGAGUAGUUCUUGGGCAGCGAAAAGACAAAGUCUUCAGAACUGUUUACUACACUAGUAGAACUUUUACUCCGGCACAAGCCAACUACACAGUGACGGAGAAGGAGAUGCUGGCAGUUGUAUUUGCAUGUGACAAGUUUCGUUCGUAUCUAAUAUGUUCCAAAGUCACAGUCUUCACUGAUCAUUCAGCAAUCAAGCAACUCUUUGCUAAGAAGGAUGCAAAGCCAAGACUAAUUAGAUGGGUACUAUUGCUCCAAGAAUUUGACCUUGAGAUCAAGGACCGGAGAGGAAGUGAUAACAAGGUGGCUGACCACCUAUCUCGAUUAAAGAGAGCAAGCCCACAAGAAGGAGAUCAUAUCAAGGAGACAUUCCCUGAUGAGCAGCUUCUAAUGAUCGCUGAAAAACAAGCUCCUUGGUUUGCAGAUAUUGCAAACUACCUGGCUGCCGGAAUCGAGCCAUACCACUUGAAUCACCAAGGGAGAAAGAGGUUCCAUCAUGAAGCUAAGCAGUAUUUCUGGGACGACCCUUUGCUCUACAAAAGGUGUUCUGACCAAUUACUUCGAAGGUGUAUCCCUGAAGGAGAACAACAGAAAAUACUGGAGCAAUGCCACAAUUCCCCUUAUGGAGGACACUUUGCUGGAGCAAGAACAACAACUAAAGUACUGCAGUCAGUUGACUAUGUGUCGAAAUGGGUAGAAGCUGUUGCUACCCCCACUAAUGAUGCCAGAAAAGUGCUGAAGUUCAUCAAAAAGAAUAUUUUCACUCGAUUUGGAACCCCUAGAGCAAUCAUCAGCGACAGGGGUACACACUUCGUGAACAAACAAUUCCAAUUGCUCCUGAAGAAAUAUGGAGUGCAGCAUAAAAUUGCCACCCUUACCACCCACAGACCAGCGGGCAGAUGGGAGGGACCUUAUGCAAUCAUUGAAGCACUUCCCAAUGGAGCAUUUGCCAUUGCUCAUGAAACAUCUGGAGCAACGCUCAGGGUAAAUGGACACAGACUCAAGAAGUAUAAUAGAGGGAUCAAGGAGCAUGAGAAACUAACUUCUCAUCUCGAUGACCCAGCUGAAGUCUGA